GACAUUCUUUGUCUUGAAGCACGUCGUCAGUUCCGUAAAGCGUUUCCCUUGGCUUCACACACCAGGGUUAUUUACGUAGUCCUACUGUACACGGAUCGUAGAGUUAACCAUUACCUUGAAAUGUGUUUCCGGUAUUCUUAAGCAGGAGUUUUUCUCUGUCUUUUCCCAUAAGGACAGACAGUUUGCAGGACAUUCAGCUCUGAAUCUCGCAGGAAACGGGAUGCAUUGCAGCUAGCUUGCUAUUAGCUUUCGCGUUAGCUUUGCGAAGAGCGCUGUAUCAACGAAGGGACCAGGCACACCAUCACAGAGUGCAUUAUGACGGACAGUGUUAUGAGUAAAGCAGCCACAAUGGAGAUUCCUAUUAACAGUAAUGGCGACACGGGGGCAUUAGCAGAAGACGACAGCCUUGAACAGGCUGCAAAGCUGCAGUGGAGCUUAGAUGAGAAGGUAGGGAGCUCCAGAGGCACCAGGGAUCUACAGCAGGUGAUGGUAUCAGGUCCCAAUCUCAACGAGACGAGCAUUGUUUCUGGAGGUUAUGGAGGAGCAGCUGAGGGGAUCAUUCCCACCGGCUCCAUUAAAGGCCCUGCUGUGUGCUACAAUCCUGAGUUUAACAAAAGGAUCCCUGUUACAGGAUUUGGUCCCAACAUGCAACACAGCACCAGCAGCAGCUCGAUGACGGCAGAAGAGGCAACGCGUGGUGUGGCUGUGGAAAAAUAUGAAGCAGUGAAGAAAUGGGGUUUAAACACCUAUAAGUGUACGAAGCAAAUGAUCUCAGAGCGUUUUGGUCGCGGCUCUCGGACUGUGGAUCUGGAGCUGGAGGCUCAGAUAGAGGUUCUGAGGGACACCAAAAGGAAAUAUGAAAAUGUGCUGCGGUUGGCCAAAGCGCUGACCAAUCAUUUUUACAACAUGGUGCAGACACAACACGCAUUGGGUGACACGUUUGCUGAUCUCAGUCAGAAAUCUCCAGAGCUACGAGAUGAGUUUGGCUACAAUGCAGAGACCCAGAAACUACUGUGUAAGAAUGGGGAGACUUUACUUGGUGCCAUUAACUUCUUUGUAUCCAGCAUUAACACGUUAGUCAAUAAGACAAUGGAGGACACUCUGUGGACAAUCAGGAUGUAUGAAAAUGCGAGACUGGAGUUUGAUGCCUACCGGUCAGACCUUGAGGAGCUGAGUUUGGGUCCCAGAGAUGCAGUGACCAUGGCUCGUAUAGAUGCUGCACAAGAGCAGUACCAAGUUCAUAAGGAAAAGUAUGAACGCCUUCGCUCAGAUGUUAUCAUUAAGCUCAAAUUUCUGGAGGAAAAUAAGGUGAAGGUAAUGCAUAAGCAGCUCCUUCUCUUCCAUAAUGCCAUCUCAGCGUACUUUGCUGGCAAUCAGCAGCAGCUAGAGCAAACGCUGAAGCAGUUUAACAUAAAGUUGAGGCCCCCAGGGGCCGACAAGCCUUCCUGGUUAGAAGAGCAGUGAGAGGCCCUGCAGGAAUCCUUGCAGCCUUCGUCUCAACCACCUACACCUGUUACCUUUUAAAUCACCCAGCUUGCAGAGGACCACUACAGAAGGAAACAAACUGAGAUAAACUGGUGGAUGAAGAUGCUGAGAUCUUUUUUUUUUUUUUU